CUUGAAUAGAAACGGGCACACCACACGCACACGCCUAAUCUACACAAUCGACGCACACAGCCCUCCGAACCUCGUCCUCUCUGACCCUUCGUCUUCUUCGUCGCCUCCGACUCCGACCGCCCAGUCUCCGAGUUGAAGCUCGCCGCCCGUCUCAAUCCACGGCCUCCGACUCCGACCUCCGCGUUUGGCUGGCGAUUUUCCCGGUCACCGGCCUCUUUGCGGUUUCCCGGUAUCCGUCCAUUCCCGGUCUCUGUCCAUUCCAGGUCUCAGGAAAAUAGGCGGGCCUGGCCCGUCGGACCAGCGGCCUGAGGCAGCGGUGGGUUCGGCCUGCUUUUCUCAGGCCCACCCCGCCAUUAGGUGGGCUUUGGCGGGCUACGGGCCACCCCGCACCGCCAGCCAAUUUUGACAACUCUAAAUAUGAGUACACAAGGGGAAAACAUUUAAUCAAGUCAUCACCCUCCUCAAACGAUCCCAAUGAGUAUUGACUGGAUAAGAGUUGCUCCGGCGCCCAUUAUGGUUUUCCCAUUAGCAGCUUCAAGUCUCGUUUCUUCCCCCUUUACCUGCAGAGCGACUCUGAAUUCUUCCUCUUUCCCAUCGCCAUCACCACUCACCUUUGAUGCCGCGUACAUCGAACGCGCUGCCGAGUUAGCGGACAAAUCUGCGGGGUUCACAGCUCCCCACCCCAACUUUGGUUGUGUCAUAGCUACCAACUCAGGUAGCGGAGGAAGGGUUGUUGUGGGAGAGGGAUAUCUGUAUGCGCAAGGAACCACUCCUGCGGAGCUACAGGCAGUUGAGGCCGCCGGCGAAAGCUGCCGUGGCGCCACCGCUUAUCUCAAUAUGGAGCCCAAUCACUGCUGCGGGGACCAAUCUGCAGUCGCUGCUCUGGUCCAGGCAGGGAUCUCUAGAAUUGUCAUUGGGAUAAGGCAUCCAUUGCAACAUCUUCGGGGCAAAGCAAUCCGUGCCUUUCGAGGUGAAGGAGUGCUGGUUGAUGUUCUUGGUGAAGAUAUCCAAUGUAAAACUAUAGAGGAAGGUCUGAAGUCCUGUCUUCUUGUGAAUGCUCCUUUACUGUAUAGAGCUGCUUGUCGAGUUCCAUUCUCUGUUCUCAAAUAUGCUAUGACCCUUGAUGGGAAAAUUGCGGCAAGUAGUGGACAUGCAUCAUGGAUAAGUAGCAAAAUAUCGAGAACCCGAGUUUUUGAAAUGCGGGGCAGAUGUGAUGCUGUUAUAGUCGGUGGAAAUACUGUGCGCCGAGACGAUCCACGCCUAACUGCAAGACAUGGAGGUGGGCAUUUGCCCCAACGAAUUGUAAUGUCAACAUCUCUCGAUCUUCCUGAGGUUGCACACUUGUGGGAUGUUACUGAGGUUCCCACCAUGGUCGCAACACAAAGAGGUGCAAAAAGGAGUUUCCAGAAAUUCCUUGCAUCUAAAGGUGUUGAGGUAGUUGAGUUUGAAAUUUUAAAUCCCGAAGUCGUAACAGAGUACUUGUAUGAUCGUGGCUGUCUUUCAAUUUUGUGGGAAUGCGGAGGUACAUUAGCUGCAUCUGCUAUUUCUUUAGGUGUUAUACACAAGGUACAUGCAUUUGUUGCCCCCAAAAUUAUCGGUGGGAAGAAUGCACCUUCCCCUGUUGGAGAACUUGGGAUGGUGGAGAUGUCUCAAGCAUUAGAAUUAAUUGAUGUACAUUAUGAAAAGGUUGGUCCGGACAUGCUUGUAAGUGGAUUCCUUCAUCCGGUUCCAGACUUGUCCCCCGUAAUCCCAUCUUAUGAUGAAACUCUUGCGAUCGACCCUAAUGUUUCUCCUUAUGAAGCAAGCAUCAUAUUCUUUUAUAAGACGUGGGACCCUUAUGGCGCCUUUUCAAACUUCUCUUUGCAUCCGAUUCAAAUGCCUGAUGAAAAUGGAGAUUAUUAUAGCUGGCCCAGUGUGGAGCACUAUUACCAGGCUCACAAGUUUGUCGGGUCAGAUAAUACUAUUGCCAAAAAAUGUUUGGAAGAGAUAAAAAACGCAAAAAGCCCAGAGGAAGCAGCACGACUUGGAAGGAGAACACAGAGGCAGCACCCAUAUUUGGUGAGACCUGACUGGGACUCUGUCAAGAUCGAAAUCAUGUACAGGGCCUUAAAGUGUAAGUUGUCGACUUACCCGGAUUUAACCUCAAUGCUGCUCUCGACCAACGGGUCUGUUCUUGUUGAAGCUUCACCACACGACCUAUUCUGGGGUGGAGGCCGAGAUGGGGAAGGCCUAAACCAUCUUGGGAGGCUGCUGAUGCAGUUGAGGUCAGAGUUUUUGGCCGAUAAAUCGUCGAACGUGGACAGUGGAACUCCUAUACAAGAAGUUCCAAAAUUGCGGUAAAUGUUGGAAUGGAUACUCGUGCGAAGAAGAUAUAUUGUUAAAUUAUUUGAGAUAAUAUUCUAACUCUCUUCGACACAAUAUAUCAAGUUAGUAGCAAUAUAAAGUUUAAAUGAAUAUUUUUAGUUUUAAAUUUAUUUUUGUAAGUCAUGACUAUUUAAUAUAUAAAUUUCACUUACUUAAUAUAUAAAUUUCACUGUUUAUAGUUGAUAAA